ACAGCGUAAAGAUCUUCCGGUUAUUCAGGGUGCAAAAUAUGUUGAGCAAGAAAUCAAGAAUAAGUUAGGCUUGAAAAAAGAAUAACCAGUUUUCAUCUUUCUGUACAUAUUUGUAAUUAGCAGUGUGAAGGAUGUCAGGUGUACGAUUAGAGGAAGAGCGUGUGAAGGGAGUGUUCUGCCACAGUGUGAGAGAUCCAGCUUACAUCUCAAUGUUAUCUCGGUACCGGAGGCUCCUUUUCUCAGUCUAUGGACCAAAAGGCAGCUCAAUUUUGAUCUGUAAUGCUGCAGGACAGGAAACCUUGGCUGCAUCUUCUUCUGAGAUUAUUAAGCAACUACCCUUUGCUCACCCAACUAUAAAGUAUAUUAAUGCUCUAAUAAGUGCUCAGAAUGCAGCUUGUGGUCUUAAUGGCCUCUACACUGGUGCUCUUUGUGUCAGGCUCCUAGAAGAAGCUCUCAAAUGUGAGGAUGACAUACCUUAUCCUAUGGUGAGUGAGGUUUCAGAGUGGAUCAUAUCUGAGUUACUAGACAUCUUAUCAAAGUCUCCAGAUGAAGUUAUCAUGGAAUUGGACAUUGGAGACAUGAAGCAAAUUUCAUCAUUUGUUAAAACCAUAAUAGGAGCAAAAAAUUGCCUAAACCUCAAUAAACAAGCAGUUGAUGACCUCAGUCUUAAUGUUGUUAAAGCAUUUCUGAAGAGCAUCCCAAAUGAAUAUUCUUCAGAUGGUUUUGGCCAUGUCACUAUUGCCACUCAAGAUGGAUCAUCAACUACACACACCAGAGUCUUUGACGGUGUCCUGUACAGAGAACCAGACAUCUCUCCAGAACGAAUUGAAAGACUGAGAGGACAGGACAUGUUUAAUAUUGUGCUGUUCACCGUACCAUUAUUAUAUUUAGAUGGGCAGGAAGAAUCUGUACAUUGGAGAGGAAGUGGUACAAAAGAGGAGAACUUCAUUAACAAAGUUUUACCCUGUCUUCUUUCAUAUAUGAAGACGAGAAACAUCCAUAUUCUUGCUAACCAAAAGCCUGUGCAUCCAGUCAUUAAGUUUGAAUUAGAGCGAGAAGGAUUUUUAGUAUUAGAAAGAAUGGGUACAAAUUUAGCUGAAGGAUUAAUGAAAGUGAGCCAUUGCCAUGCCAUCAGCAACUUAUCUAACCUACCAUUGGAAUUGGAUAAUGCUGUUCUUGGGAGACUGACUACAGUGGAACAUAUUGUUUACAAUGGGAAAAGUUAUGUUCUACUUGACCAUGUGGAGGGAUGUGUUUCUACUCUCUUGCUUCCUGUGGCCAGUCCAAGCAUUGUUGGUACACUCAAGGAGACGACAGAGAGUUGCCUGGCAGCCCUGAGAAUGAUGGUGGUGGACGGGAAGGUGGUGGCUGGUGGGGGUUGCCUUGAGGCCUGGCUCGCUGGUCAAGUCAGUCACCUUAUUAACAGCAACAUGCAGCACCUGACUGAGAUCACAGAUGCUGCUCCUCACCAUGUAGUCAAGGUUGCAAGCAUCUUCCUCCGUGUGUUCAUAGAACUGGCUCUCCAGCUUGGAGGUGGUUCAUCAUCAACAAGAUUUGAUUGGUCACUGGAUUCUGUCUUCCACCACUUGUGGCACACUCAACCCAAGAUUGUGAAGGAAGAUGGUGGAAGGUGUAGCACACACUCACCAUUGAAUUCUCAGAAUUGUGUGUGUGGCUUAGUAAAGGAAGAAGUCCUCAAGUAUAAACAUAAUGGAUUAUGGCAUCCAGUUGAGUUUCAGCUGCAGUAUAAUAUUACUGGACCAAGAUCAAAAUCUAGUAAAUAUGGAAGAAACAAAGCCGGUAAGUCUCCAAGAAGUGCAGAUGGUCACAGCAGUAAAUCAAAUUUUGAGGGCACAUGGAGUAAUGAUUCAUCAGUGAGUGACUUUGGAUUCCACAACCUUGAUUUGGAAGCUGACAGCCUGGAGGAGGCAGGAGAGACAACUGAAGAAGAAGUGGAUAGUCUUGAGAAAGUAGUUAAUAGUCAGGAAGAAGAAUUGGACAGUUUAGAAGGAAAACUUGACAGUUUUGAUAUUGAGGAAGACAUGGAUAGCUUGGAAGACAUACUAAAUGGGACUGCCGAACCAAAUCAGGUACAGGAUGACAUGGUUCCUAAAGCCAAACUUGAAGCACAGGCACAGGAAGCAUUGUAUGACAGCUUCCCUGCAAAGUACAAUGCUAUAAGACUUGCUCUAGAAGGCUUUACCCAGUUGUUUCAUAUUGGUCAGUGUGUGUUUGAUAAAUGAAUUGUUUAAUCUGAUUUACAACUAUAGUGUACAGCGAAUAAAAAUGUUUAAUUUUA